AUGGGAUUUAUCUGGGGAAGAGAACUUUCGGCUGAGCGCAUAGCAUACUUAGCGCAAUCACGGAUUCCUGAAAUCAUCGCUUGCAAUGUUGUUUUGCUCGCGUUCGCAACCGGCGGCUUGCUGGUCCGAUUGUUUGUCCGAGUUCGAUAUCUUACUGGGAUAAAUCUGGAUGAUGUGGUUUGUGUGACUAGUUGGGUAUUCACCUUCAUUCUGUGCUUCACUGCGAUGUUAAUGACAAAAUAUGGGUUCGGCAAACACAUCGGAACUGUGGCGAAAAUGAGCGAUCGAGCCAUGUUUCUUAAGCUCGAUUUUGUUACAAUGCUCGCCUAUGUUCUCGCCCUCGGUACCAUAAAAAUGUCAUUUUGCCUCCUAUACCUACAUAUUUUUCCAGGGCAUAAAUUCCGCAUUGCCUGUUGGUGGCUUCUCGCAAUCGUUGUGGCGCAGACUAUCGCGGAGACUCUCGUUGUGCUCUUCCAAUGCACGCCUGUCCAUAAGGCCUGGGAUGCCACAGGUUUUGUGGAAGGUACCUGCGUCGAUUCGACCGCCUUUUACUAUGCGAACUUUGGGAUCAAGUUGGCUAGUGAUCUGGCCCUAUUUCUUAUGCCAAUUCCAAAGGUAGUUGGGCUUAGGAUGUCAGUGGGCAAGCGGGCAGGCUUGGUGGUGAUGUUUGGCUUGGGUCUUCUAGUAUGCGUGACAAGCAUUAUUCGGAUCAGUUAUUUGAAUAGCUUCAAAGUGGAUCAUACUUGGUCAAUGGUCAACGCCAUGAACUGGUCCUGCGUGGAAGUCGCUGUCGCCAUUUUCAUCGCAUGCAUUCCUUCUUUCAACACCUUGAUCGUGUUUCGCUUCCCAGGAUUACAAAGAUUAUUGGGUCUUCCCAGCAACAAGAGUGACAGGCAAAGCAAGUCAAAGACUUACGGUAGUUCGAGUCGUCGAGUGUACAAUAACAUGUCAACCGACGAACACGACGGGCUCAAGCUGGAUCCAAUGACGGGCCAGAUUCAUGCAGACGUGGAACCCAGCUUCAAUUGCUCCCAGGAACAUAUAAUACAUGUUGGAAUGCAGGAGACGACCAAUGUCAAAGUAAAUGAUAGGAGUGUUUGA